AUGAACUUGCUCGUCGUCAACGCGCUUAUUCGCACUAUUGCCUUCAUCACGUGGACAUGUUUUAGUGCUUGGCUUUUCGUUCAAAUGGAGCACACUGAAAAUGAUUUUGUUGAUCAAAAGUAUCAGUUACUGCGCUCCCUUUACAUUUCCAUGGUAUCUAAAUACAACAUGACCAUCGACGACUUCAACAACUUUUCCAAUAUUGCACACGAGGCAUUGUCCGCACCUGAUUUACAGUGGACCUAUCUUCAUUCCUUUGACUUCGUUCUUCAAACGGUGACUACAAUAGGUGAGGAAAGUCUACAUCAAAAAAAUAAAUUAAAAUGCAAUGUUAAAUAAUGCAUUUUAGCCAGUUUGAGUGUCAGCCUAAGGUUGAUAAGUUUUAAUAAUACGAUCACCGGCUAGACUGCCAAGAGCCAUUUUUGAUCAUCGCCGUCGCAAACGCAGAAGAGUAUCGUCCAACGGAGCGUGCCCGUAUAUUUUGCCACUCGAUCGACUGGAAAGGGCCGGGUAACAGUUUUCGAAAGAAUCAUUCGCCAGUUUUUCAUUCGCAACAUAAUUCUUUCCAGCAGCGAAUAUUCAGGAUUCGUGAUGACUAUUGUGAGCCAACAAUAGAAGCUUGAUGCAAAUCUAUUCUAAACUAGUAAUUUAGUAAUUUUUUUUUUUUUUUACAAAAAUCACCACAAUUUAUUAUUAUUGUUUGUGCUCCGUGAUAAAAUUUAUUUCAUCUCUUAAUUCUUUAUACCUCGACAGGAGCAUUUGCAGCACAGAAUUGACCUGAAUAAAAAGCGAUAUCCUCGUAACAUCGCCCCUUGAAGUGUCAGUGUUUUUAAUUUGUUUUCGUGGCCUAAUUUACAACCUGACUUCUUUUGGUGCCGAUAAGUUCACUGAACGGCCUUAGCUAAAAUUGUUAGGAUUGAUCUUCUUGGUGGUAUUUACGCUAACAAUGUUUUAAACAUCUUAACUUUCCUCUAUCAUAGGAUAUGGGUAUAUCACACCAAAAACAGAAGGAGGCAAGAUACUUUCCAUCUUUGUCGCUUUGGUUGGGAUUCCGAUCACAAUGCUGGCAUUAAAAACGGUUGGCGAGCUCAUUGUCUAUGGUGUUAACGAAGUUGUUAAGAAGUUUGAAACGAAAGUCCUCAAGAAGUCAGAAGUACGACAACUGCAAACUAAAACUGCAGUAAUCUUAUUUUUAUUAUUGGUGAUGUUAAUAAUGACUGCCUCCAUUCUUCUUGCAAGAAGAGCAGGUUGGACCGUUACCGAAAGCGUUUACUUUUGGUUCAUAACUUAUACAACGAUCGGUUUUGGUGACUACGUUACAAAAGACUUACCUCAAAGUAUUCAGAUGUUGUCUAGCAAUGGCUCAAGAAGCUACCAAGGCCAAGAAAAACGCGUUUUUGAAGUAGAAGAAACUGCGCAAAUUUUUGUUUCAAUUUUAACCUUGGUAUAUAGUAUACAAGGUCUAUGUUUAGUCUCAAGUAUAUUAAACUCCAUCAUGGCCGCUAUUGAGGAACUGAACCUCCGACCUCGUUGUCUCAGAAGGAAAACUGAGGAUCGGGCCAGUGACAACAAGAACAGUUCUCCAGAGCAGUGUGACAGAGAAGUUAUUCAAGCGUUGUAG